AUGGACUACAUUUGGCAUGAGAUGCGAGAGUGUGCCUUCCUCCGCAAGCUUCCACAAUAUGCACCAUACAUUACGAGGCUCAUUUGCCUCAAAUGGGAACAAGCUUGCCGUGGAGACUUCCUCGAACAAUGCUACCCUAUCACUAUCCAUAAGGAGCGGAGCCCCAAUUUCAAGAACCACGCUCUCCCGAGGUAUGGCAAGAAUGCUCCCAAGGACCCGGAGGAGGAGGAGGCCGAUAGUGAUGAUUCCGACUUUGUUCCAAACUCUGUCAAGACCAAAUACCUCUUCGCCAAGCUCACCGCUCGCUCCGAGGACAAUAUCACCCCUCCCAGCGAAUGGAAGUCCAAGCACACUUGGUCUAGCUCCGAGGAGUCCAUUCCUGAGCGUGUUGUGCGCCCCUCUCCACCUCAUGGCAAGGGCCAUGUCCAAGACGAAGAAGAGAUUGAGGAAGAGGACGAAGACGAGCACAUGUAUGGGUAUGAUGAAGACGAAGAUGCUGAGGAGGACGAGGAGGAGGAAGAUGAGGACGAGGAUGACGAGUGA